GGCUUUGCAGAAGCUUGCGCCAUUUGUUUGCUGAUCACCGUCCCGGCAACGACGUUCGGUAUUCGUGAAGCUUUGAUUUGGCGUGCUGUUUUGCUGGUGUUUCCGUUCUGUUCUCCCUGUCCCUGUUGGGGGUUUUGGAACAGGAACGAUCCUUUCGAUCGACUCGCAACUAACCCAGCUACCGAGGGCUUGAGCGGGCAGUUCUGUACCUUGUGUAUAAGAGUGUGUGCGUGACGUACCAGCGUGCCGCGUGCGUGUUUCUCAGUCCUCCGAAGCAGACGUGUACAGUCCCACGCAAGACGCCUGCGAGAUCUGCGAUCAACCUGAGCCGCUGCACAAGAUGGCAAGCACCAACACGCACCGUGGCUGUCCGAUGAACGGACAUCUGGCAGCGAGCAAAAAGCCACAGACCGUCCCGGAGGAGGACCCGAUGGCAAACUUUAUCCGGCCCGAUCAACCGUCCCGGUGUACCUGGGCGCUCGGUACGACGGAGACGAGCCCGCAUCAUCACGAGGCACUUGCCCCCAAACCGUCAACGCUGCCCUCGAUCCUGGAAGCUGUCGGAGGAACGCCACUGGUGAAGCUCAACAAGAUCCCCCAGUCCAUGGGCUUGAAGUGCAAUGUUUAUGUCAAGUGCGAGUUCCUUAACCCGGGCGGCUCUGUCAAGGAUCGCAUCGGUGUCCGGAUGGUGCUGGAGGCGGAGCGCAAGGGACUGCUGAAACCAGGCUGCACCAUCAUUGAGCCGACGUCCGGCAAUACGGGCAUUGGGCUGGCCAUGGCUGCUGCAGCACGGGGCUACCGCUGCCUGAUCGUGAUGCCGGAGAAGAUGUCCAACGAGAAGGUGGACACGCUCAAGGCACUCGGGGCGGAGGUGAUCCGCACGCCGACGGAGGCCGCCUUCGAUUCGCCCGAGGGGCUCAUCGCAGUUUCGCAGCGGCUGCAGCGCUCCAUCCCAGACUCGGUCAUUCUGGACCAGUACCGCAAUGCCGGCAAUCCGCUGGCCCACUACGACGGCACGGGUGCGGAGAUCGUGGAGCAGUUGGGCGGCCAGGUUGAUAUGGUGGUGAUUGGCACGGGUACGGGCGGUACCAUGACCGGCAUCGGCCGUCGAAUCAAGGAGUCCUGCCCGGCCUGUCAGGUGAUUGCAGCCGAUCCGGAGGGUUCGAUCCUGGCCGAGCCGGAAGAGCUCAACCGCACGGAGGUAAGCUUCUACGAGGUGGAGGGCGUCGGAUACGACUUCCUGCCGACCGUGCUGGACCGCUCGGUCGUCGACCGGUGGUACAAGUUUAACGAUCGCGUCGCUCUGCCGCUCGCACGCCGUCUGAUCCGGGACGAGGGUCUGCUGUGCGGUGGCAGCAGCGGCGGCAACCUGUUCGUUGGCCUGAAGGAGGGCCAGAACUGUGUCGUCAUCCUGCCGGACAACAUUCGCAACUAUCUCACCAAGUUCGUGUCGGACAACUGGAUGGAGGCGCGUUACUUCAAGGAGUCGGAGAACUGCCACGACCAGAAGUGGUGGAAUGCUAAGGUAAACACACUGCCCAUGGAAACGCUCAUCACUGUGCGCGAUGAUGCGCAGAUUAGUGAUGCAAUCGAGACGAUGAAGCAGAACAAUCGUACCCAGCUUCCGGUGCUGGAUGCCGAUGGAACCAUCAAGGGUGUAGUGCACAUGCCCAAUCUGUUGAGUAAAAUGCUCAACCGGCUGGCGAAACCGUCCGAUCUGGUGCGUCGUGCCAUCUUCAAGCAGUACGUCAAGAUCGAUCACGAGGAAAACAUCGGCCGCGCGUCGCGUAUCUUGGAGAAGGAUAGCUUCCUGCUAGUAACUCGACAAGAGGCGGGAGUGGAACGGCCUGUCGGAAUUCUCACCCAGCGUGUACUGUUUGACUUCGUUGCGGAGCAGGCGGCAACCGUUACCAACGGAAAUGGGAACGCCGAAUAGAUGGAUGAUCUUGGUUUUAUUGGAAAGAACGAACGCAGCUAGCUCUUAGCUGGCAAGAUUGAAACUCGACAUCGAGGCGCUAGGACACCGUCUUGAAAUAAUUGGACGAACGAGCAUAUAUAUUGAAAAUAAAUAUAUAACUGCAUGAAUCACAACUAAAA